AUGGUGUGCUUCCCAAGAGCUUACCUAAAAUUGGAUCUUGAAGGUUUACUGUAUCAAAAUCCUAACAAAUGGAGCUUAACUUUGCAGACGUACGUUCAACUCACUAUGUUGGAUAUUCACACCAAACCAUCAUUUGGAAGAAUUGGUACGGACGUCUUUACGAUUUACAGUGCAAAGUAUAUCUUUGUAGAAAACUUGUAUCAAAGCUGCAAAAUGCCAGAAAUGGAUAAUGCCAUUUUAACAGAAUGGUUUGAGUGGAUUGUAAAGAACAUCGACACCUCGGUUGAUUUAAUCGUUUAUCUGCAGACCUCUCCGGAAACCUGUUAUGAGAGCCUAAAGAAGAGGUGUAGAGAAGAGGAGAGAGUCAUACCACAGGAAUAUCUGUAUGCAAUUCACAAUCUCCAUGAAGACUGGCUAGUUAAACAGAUGUCCUUCCCAGUGCCAGCACCCGUGCUUGUAAUAGAUGCUAAUAAAGAACUAGAGGAGAUGACUCAACACUAUGAAGAGAAUCGCAGCAGCAUCCUGUCACUAUAAUCCAAUGCAUUGCAACCCUUACCAGAAAAGAGCAUCGGCUACUCUAUUCUAGCAUUCAAUCAAAUGCACCUAGUGGGUACCUAUUUAUUGCAGAGCAGCUUUCUUCAUAUGUGAAGCUGAGGAUUUUCAAACAUACCAUUUCUUCAACAUUUCCAAAUGUUAUGAUGCAUAGAUUUUACUGUUCGUUUUCAAACGUAUUAUUUAUUUCUAUUUUUUUGUUUGUAUUAUUAUACAAUUAACGUUUAAAGUGCCAAAGAACAUUAACUCUACAGCACCUGCAUAAAAAGACCAAAGUACCAGCUCUACAGAUUCUGUCUUUCUAGUGAACUCAGGAACAUACGAUAGAGGGCAUUGACCAAAGAGCUGACCAGGACACACAAAGGGAUAAAUCUAUUAUAGAGGAUUUCUCUUCAACAAUUGAGUUUAUCACCUGCCUACAUCUUGCUAAAAAAGCAGAAACCCGCCACAUCACGGAGAGGUUCAUUUAUCUACGGCAAAGUAUUCAUAAGACAGUAUUAUUGGAUGCAUUUAAGUUGAGUGAACUUAAAACAUUCCGGGAGGCUGCUUAUUUUGACCAUAAGUGUUUAUUUACAUUCUCAUGUGUGUAAACCUAUUUUAGUCCUUCUGCCAUUUUAUAAGACCUCUUUCAUUUUUGGAAAUUGUCAUCUUAAAUAAAUUUGUAUGGAUCAGUUUGUUUUGCUGGAUUAGGCAAUAGAACAUGUUCUGCAGUUAAAUGUUGCCAGAUUACUUUUAAAUACUGUAACACAACCUGGGGCAAGUGCCAGAGCAUUAAAGGGGACCUGUCCCCCCCAAGA